AGAAUUAUGUCCCAGCACUACAAGAAUUUUCUUAGUCUGCUGGAGCGGUGGCCUCUCGACAAAAGUAAGGUGGGCCGUGACUUGGGUCAAUAUUUGCGAGAUCAGCUGACCGCUGUCUUAGGCUCUUCCAAUAUUGUCGCUGUAAAGGACGACAGGCUCCAAAAACAGUUCCGCUCGCUGGAGAACAUCGUAAACGACGUGCACGCGAAUCGUUAUCCGCGCAGUCUAAAUUCUACCGCAACUGGACUCUCCGGUGAACAGUGCCGGGAAGUGUUAUCUACCGAGUUCUUACAGAUUCUGCAGCGGAAGGAUUAG